AUGGUUGCAGAUGCCAUCUCAGGAUCAUCAUGGACACUACCGCACCCUAGAUCACACCAGGAAGUGGAAUUUCAUGCUUACUUAACUACUCUUACUCUCCCCUUAUCUCAUGAUGUGAAUGAUGUAUUUGAAUGGGUUGCUGGUGACUCUCCCUUGCGUGUUUUCAGGUCGUCUACUACGUGGGAGGUGCUGAGACCACGACAGGAGAAAAAGGAUUGGGUGGACGCUGUCUUGUUCAAGGGAGCGGUUCCUAAGCACUGCUUCACGAUGUGGGUGGCGAACUACGACAGACUACCUACGAGAUCAAGGUUUGCUGGCUGGGGAAUGCUACUUUCUGCGGAAUGUGCUUUCUGCUCCAGAUUCGAUGAAACAAGAGACCAUCUCAUGCUCACCUGCGAGUAUAGUAACCAAGUCUGGAAGGCGGUGCUUCUCAAAUGCCAAUCGCCUUCAACUCAGCUCACCAACUGGUCUGAACUUCUGUCUUGGAUCAGAGCAUCACCGUCAAAGAAGCUAACCUUACUGAGAAAGUUAGCCACUCAAACCACUAUUUUUUUCAUCUUUGGAAACAAAGAAACAACCUAA